AUGUAUUAUAUUUUUCAAAAUACACUCAUUGUUUCAAGUACACGCAAAAAAACGUUUCAGAGUUAUUGGUAUUACAACGUGAUGGCACCCGGGAUGUCGCAAUAACAGCGAACGGCUGUUGGCUUCAGGUUUCGUUUAUGGCAAAGGCAUGGGUUCUCAAGAAAUCUCCAGCAGAAUACGACCAGUCUGAAAUAUCAACUGUAUAUGUGAUUCCAGUUCGUUAAUCAUCUACGAUCAACAUGUCGACUGACAAACCAAGAAGUCUAGAUGUGGCCGAAACGGCCUCAAUAGACUUGAUGUCUCUAAACAACAACAUUGUAACAAUGAGGAAACGUGUGAAACAAGCAAAGGUGCGUGUCAUCCGAAGACUUGUCCGCAGUAUCGAAUCCCUCAAGAAGAAAAAGGGCACUCCUGUCAUGGUUGAGAAGAACACGAGGAAAGCCGAGCGUCUGGUGGAGGAGAUCCAUGCCAUCAAGCACCUGAAAGCUGACAAGAUCUCCAAGUUUGCAAUUGGCAACACCACAUCCUUUGUCGAACUCUGCAAGCAGGACAAUGCAUCCAUCCAGUCUCGAGCUCUGACCCGUGUCUCUGAGAACGAAGUCAUACAGACAGAGGUGACCAAGUUCAGGGACACUCACCCUGACUGGAAAUCUCUCUCUGCCUUUCUCCUAAUGAAGCAGAGCGGGCGGCGAUACAAGAAGAAGAAGAAUAGAUCCACCGCCGAGAAAGUGGACACCAACGUCAAAGCCAGGGAGGCCAUGAUGGAGGCAUAUUUAGAAAAUAAACUAGAGAAGAAAGUGGACAUUGAAAAAAUUAAAAAUUCUGGGAGGUUAAGGAAGGAAAAACAGAAAAAGAAUCUUGACAAAAAAAAGGCUGAAAAUGGUGGAGAUUCUGGGAACACGACACCAUCUGAGGGCGAUAGUGAAGAAGGAGUUGAUAGUGAAGGAGUUGAUAGUGAAGGAGUUGACAGUGAAGGAGAUGACAGUGAAGGAAUUUACAGUGAAGGAGAUGACAGGACUAAGGUGACCGAAAGAAGCAGUGUUAAGCAGGACAGGAGUUUGUGUUUUAGUGGUGUAGGCAAGGAGCCUCUGAAAACAUGGGAUGAUAGUGACAGUGGGGAUAGUGAGGAUGUUGAGGAGAGGACUACUCAGGAAAAGUCUCUGAAGAAGUCUCCCUUGCAAGAAGGUUCUGAUGACAGGAAGAACCAAGGUAAGGUAGGAAGUGAGAAGGAUGGAAGCAAGAAGAAAGGGGGCUUGAAGCUUGAGAUACUUCAGCAGAUGUUUUCAUCAAAGGAUGGUGACAGUGAGUCUGAAUCUGACUCAGGACAGUCAUCUGGUGGAGAUGAAGUUAAGAAAGAUGCAAGCAAAUCUGCACAGAAGGCAAAAAUAAAGUCUAAAAUCACAAAACAAAUGUUACCUGCAGACUCGGGUGGUGAUGAUUCUGACUCGGAGGAAGAUAUGACAGAGGAAGAGCUUAUUGAAUCUGACACCCAAACCGAUGAAAUUCAAAGGGAAAAUGAAGACAAAAAGAAAACACCAGCAACAAAAGCAUCUAAACAUGAUAAAAGGAAGGAGAAAAAUAAAAUUAUGGUCGUGAAAAAAAUAAAUCUUGAAGAUUUAGAAAAUGAUGAGGACUUAAAGGUUAAAAAGUUCCCUGAAGAUGUACCAGGGAUUCUACUGACUCCAGAAGUAAAGAAAACCAGAGAUGCUUUCUUUGCUGGCAGUGAGGAUGAAUCUGAUGCUGAGGAUGUUGAUGAGGAUGAAGCAUCUUCUCAGGACAACAGCAGUGAUGAUGAAGAUGAAGAGGAAGGUCCAAGUACUUUUAAAUCUACAUUUAUUGGUACUUUGGCUCAUAAAAAUCAAUUGAAAAGAGGUGGUUGGUCGGACAGGGGUAGAGGUAGGGGACGGGGAUCUGGGGUCAGAGGACAAAGUGAUGGUAACAGAGGACAUAGAUUCAGAGGACGUGGUGAUUUUCGAGGAGGACGUGGUGAUUUUGGAGGACGGGGUGAUUACAGAGGAGGACGGGGUGAUUAUAGAGGAGGAUAUGAUGGCAAAAAUAGAUCAGACUUUCCAAGAGACAAAUUUCAAAGAUUCGAGGGUAGAGGCAGAGGAUCAGAGUUCAGGGGACAAGGGUCAAGUUUCAGAGGUCGUGGAUCCAACCAAGGAAAAGACAGGCAUAACCUGGAUAAUCAGAGCUCUAGAGACAGGGGAGGUAACUCAUAUACCAGCGCAGCCCCAAGGACGUCACUAGGGAAACAAGAAGACAAAUCGGCAGCCAGGCAGUCAGGUGGCCACGCCUCCUCCUCCUCCUCCCUCCACCCAUCGUGGGAGGCCAGUAAGAGGAAGAAGGAACAAAGUGGCAUACAGACAUUCAAAGGCAAGAAGAUCAAGUUUGAUGAUUGAUUGUGUCAUGUCAGCAGCUAGACCAUGCUGACAGGGAUACCUGUUAAAUAAAGCUGUGGUUUGUUGACUCUGUUAUUUCUCUUAGAAACUGCUUUACUGUAAGGGAAAGGCUUCCGUUUUAAUCUGUAGGUAACAAUAUUAUAAAGGUAUGUAAUUUACUCGGAGAUGAGGUAUUAUAAGAAUGCAUCUGUGAAAUGUAUUGAUUUGCAAUGUGACACACAAGGAAAACUUUGGCCAGUUGUUUUGAUGUUUGAAGGAAGUGAUCAUAUUAGCAUUUUUUGGCUGCGAAAAACACACAUGCAUAUGCAAAUUGUGUGAGUGGCAGGGACUAUCGGCAGGACAAGCAUUUACCCUUUUGGCAAACACCUGGUGUCAUCACUGAUUUUCAGUGAUCCAUUCAUCAACUUGUCAUCACUAUUUUGCCUUUUAGACCCAGUGGAUUCUGUUUUGAUGGAUAACUGAGACUGGUUAUUCUCUGGCAUUGACGUUUUUUAUUUACCUCACUGUGAGCUGAGGUCAUGUGCCUUUGUCCACAGUCCAUCUAUUUGUCUAUCUGUUUGUCAUUACUGAACCAAUUCUCCUCAAUAAAUAUUGGGAAAAUGUUGUUCCCACCAGUGAUGACA